GAAGCUGAUGUUUCCCAAGGCAGCUGCUCAGUUCCCUUUACGAUUUAAUUCCUGUUACACCCAGCCGCCUGAGAGCCGCGCUUCUGAUUGGCCAGAAGGACCGGAAACUGGUGUCACAUUAAUUGUGUCCCCCACAGCAUUCCUUGAGAAAGCUGAAAAAACGUCCCAAACAUUUUGAGCCAAGGUAAUAAAAAGAGAAAUGGCUUCCCGUGGAAAAUCAGAAACCACUAAAUUAAAACAGAACUUGGAGGAGCAGCUGGACAGACUGAUGCAGCAGCUCCAGGACCUGGAGGAGUGCAGGGAGGACCUAGAUGAAGACGAAUAUGAAGAGACCAAGAGGGAGACCUUGGAGCAGCUGAACGAGUUCAACGAGUCUCUGAAAAAGAUCAUGUCUGGAAACAUGACUUUAGUGGAUGAGCUUGGCGGGAUGCAGUUGGCAAUCCAGGCCGCUAUCAGCCAGGCCUUCAAAACCCCUGAGGUCAUCAGACUGUUUGCAAAGAAACAGCCAGGGCAGCUGAGGACCAGACUGGCUGAGAUGGACCGGGAUGUCAUGGUGGGGAAACUGCCCCGGGUCGUUUACACGCAGCAGAAGGUGGAAAUUCUCAUGGCCUUGAGGAAACUGGGGGAAAAGCUGACGGUGGAAGACGAGACUUUUCUCUCUGCCAACGCUAGUGCCACCCUGAGCCAGUUUGAAAAGGUCUCUCCAGAUCUUGGCUCUGGUGACAAGGUGCUUGCCCUGGCCAGCUCAGACGUGGAGAAAACCAAGACAUAAAGCCGUGUGCGUACCAGCUCAUUUGGAGCCCCACACUUCCUUGUUUACUGGCUGGUUUGCAUGGUUUCCGUUAUGGCGGUGUGAGAGGUAAAAGGCUGUAACACUCCACUAAUCAGAAUAUUACAUGAAGGUGUUUUAAUUAUAUGAAUUAAAAGUCAGAGCACUUGGUCUUCCUUUACAGGCAGAACUAUUUUGUCCCUCCUGUUGUAAUUUAAACAGUCCCUGUUCUUCAUAUCACGUGUGAGCUGUGAUGUUUGCUUACAGAUUUAAUGGGCGUAAGCUCAGUGUUCUGAAAAGUUUUCAAGUAGUGUUCAUGCUAACCUUUCUUCAGUAAACUUCAGUUCUGCACCAGCUGGUGCCAUCUGCUAGGUUUAACACUUAAAGAAGGCUGCUGUGUGGGACAGGUUAUGGAAACGAGGCUUUUGCCUUUCGUCUCCUGCAGUGACGGCACUUAGGCCUGGAUUUUUAAAGAGCAAAAGAUAUAAAUCAUCGUUGACUCUCUUUGUCUCUACAUCUGUCCAAGAGCUUUUUUUAAAAAAAAGCUGCUGGGAAGUUAGAACAAAAUAUUUACCAUCGGCUGCUAGGCGGGGACUGGGUUUAUGAAAUAGAGCCCAACUUAUUUCUGUGUUGUUGUUUUUAGCGUUUCUUUCACUUUGCUUGCAAUCUAAAAUUAGUCAUGCUGUAUUGUGUAUAUGUUGUAAUUUCUUCUUAUCGGUUUAUUGUUAAAGGGUAGAGUAAUAAGUAAAAGGUAGGUAAUAAGUCUCCACUUUAAUCUAAAAAUUACGUCUUUAGCCUGAUAAAACUUCCUUCCUUAUGAGAUGGAUAAACAAUUCCUGCCACAUAUCCAGAAAAAACAGGGUACACUUAUCACACUGACAAAGACUGAUGGUGCAGUUAAUAGUCUUCUACUGUUUUCUCUCUUUACUGUGCUAGUUAGCAUUUUAUUGUUCCAAAGUCACAAAUCUCAGCAAAUUCCUUGUCUUAACUUAAUUUCUUACAGACCAAACAUUAACAGCUCUAAUUUUAAGUACGAACAUAAUAACAUUAUGAAUGAGAGGGCCCACUCAGCUCAUUUUGUUUCUUAGUAGCUAAUACUUGAUAUCUCUUGCUAGCAAAUUUUAAUUUAUUACUUUUUCUAGGUUUUCUGUCAAGAAUUUCUUUCCUUUAUUUGAUAUUUGUACUUAUUUGUGUGUACUUGGUAUAUUGUGCGUGUGAGGAAGAUUCGGGACAGAUUAACAUAUUCUGUGGUUUUCUCAGUAGCAGAGAAUAGUAUGAAAAAAUGUAUUCUAUCACAGUACUCCAUUAACUAAAAGUUAGUUGUAAACUUCCUGCGGUUGAUUUAAAGUCUGUGAAGUUUGUGAUUGCACUAAACAUAUUUAGAAAACUUUUUUAAAACAAUGCAUGACAAAAUUCUGUAAAACGAUGUAUCAUAGAAUGUGUGGUGAGCAGAUUAGACAGUUUUCUAGGAUUUUUGUAACAUGUAUCGGCAAACCAAUGAAACAAACUGAUUCUUUUGAAAAGAAUAAUAAAUGUUUGUACUUUUGCAUCACACAAUGAAUGUGUUUGUAAUAAACGGCAUUGCUUGAAAAGUAA